AUGUCUUCUAUGAUGUAUGAUACCAAGGGCAAAGCAGGCAAUUGUGCAACACUACACUUCCUACAGAAUAUCCAGCAGUUUAUAGCCGAUCAGUCGAGCGACGUGUUCUCAUCCUUGAACUCUGAUGUCUCUAACCUAUCAUUGAUGGAGGAGUUGCCUCCGUUCGAGAGACACGACAUGGAGCCCCAUCUCCUCAGUGAUAUUGGGGAUAUCAAAGACUUGGUCGACGCUUACUUCACUUCCACUUGCGGCAUCAUUGAUAUCUUUGAUGUGCCCCAGUUCAUGACAGUUUUUAGAUACUGGAUAAACGGCCUCAUUCCCCCAAAAUCCGGGACAUCUGCGGUCAUCUACCUUGUCAUAGCCCUUGGGGCACAGGCACGGGAGUCAAGCUUGCUCGACAGUCGACGAGCACAGUCGUUCUAUCAUCAUGGACGGCUGAUAGCGCUCCAGGAACUAACCAAUGACCCAACAUUAGAGACGAUUCAGGUAUCUCUACUAAUAAGCAUGUAUAUGCUGGGAUGCAGUCGAAGGAACGGCGCGUACCUGAAUUUGGGGACUGCAGUUAGCGCUGCGAAAUCUCUGGGACUCCACAGAGAUGAGGCCAAUGCAGCAUUUAGCAAGGAGGAGCAGCAAGGAGGAGCAGCAAUUAAGGCAAAAUCAAAGACUUCAGGCCUCGGGCGGAGCGCAGCAGAUGGAAGAGACACAGACACCUCUCCCGAGAUCUACGAUGGCGCAAUCGCCUGCAUCGACUCAGCUAUCUACACGCUUCAGCUGCUCCGUGAACUCCUCGUCGCCGACAUGCUCUUCAAAAACAUGCCGCUCGCAAUUGCCUUGAUCUUCGUAGCAGGCCUUGUAGUCAGCUCCUCACACUUUGGCGGCAUUGGCCCGGAGAAAGAAAUUGAGCAGGCCAUCCGGAACACGGACGAAUUACUGCACUGCUUUGCGGCGAACAGCCCGCAGGCAGCACGAUACCAUCUUAUUGUGAAGAGGCUGUUCAAGGCCGCCGCCGACAAUCAGACAAAGCUUAAGCAGAGCGCCCGGCUCUCACGGACGACGGUGGUGUCGCGGUUGUUCCGACUGAGUCCCAGGGAGGCGACGGAUGACGCAACAGACGAGGCCGCUGUGAAGGAGGCGGAGGACGGGGCAGCGCUGUAUCAGAAUCUGUGGUCCUCGCCGGAGAACGAACUCUCUACGUACCUGCCUGCAUAUCAGGAGUCCGCGACGCCGAGGGCAUCUAAUUCGGCUGCCGCUACGACUACAGACGAGGCCAGUGGUCGGUUUACUGGAUCUACUGGGGGGCCAUCGCAGGGCGGCGAGUCUCCUGGCGGGCUAUACAUUCCUGAAUUCGUCGCGCACCCGCCGGGACCUGUGGUUCACCAGCAAGAGGAUGUCGAGGCGCGUAUGGCGAACUUUGAUCAUCUGUUCUCCGGGCCCAUUGACUUCGGGCCCAUGCUGGAGCAGGACACUCCGAUGCUUGGGGGAAACGGAAACGGGAAUGGGAACGGGAACGAUAUUCUUGAUUUCUCAUGGAGUUUGAUGGGGUUGACCGAUUAG